AUGUCCAACCCUAUCGAAAGAGAAGCCGAAGAUUCCUACGAAAGAGACAACGAUCCGUCACCAGUUACCGGGUCAGUUGCAGAUAAUUCAUGGGCAGGUGAACCAAACCCAGACCUGCAGGAUACAGUCCCCGUUCAAAGCGAUGAACAGCCAGUCGAAGAUCCUAUUCAGCCACCAUACUCUAAUUCUGAUCAACAACUAGAGCAGGAUGAAAGAGAAGCGGUAGACCAGUCCAACGUUCUACGUGGUGAGCGGCUUCGCCACGCGAAGCCAACCACUUCGAAUAGGUACAACGAGGGACCGGAUGAAAGCGACCUUCCAUCAAUGUAG